AUGGCAGCAACCGGGCCCAUACAGACCCUACGAGGUAUAAUCUCAGAUUUAAGAGAAUAUUUCUUGCCUCAUCCCGUGGAUCCAGUCGAGGUACCUGUUGCUCCUCGGAAUGCUAGACCCCUUUCGGAGCAGGAAGUUGCUCAAUUACGACGCGAACAAGCUAAAGCUAUUGAUAAAUAUUUUGAUGAAGAAUUAGACAAAAAAAACUACGACGAGAUUAACAACAAGAAUCGAAGCCUACAAUGGAUGCCAGACAUUCGCGCUACGGAUCGUUUGUGGCGGCAAACUCGCGCAUAUUAUGCCGAGCUUCUCAAAUCCGAGAGAAUAUCCGACGUUCUUGAUGAAAACUAUGAAGAGAUGCAAAAGAUUUUGAUCAAUCCUCAGGCUUGGAGUAAUGACGUACAAGCUGUGAGAGAUGAACAAAGCAAAGAAUACUAUGAGAACAUUGGCCCAGGUGGACGUUUUGACGGACAGCUCGACAAUCUUGCAACAAAAAUGACAAUGGUCCACUUUGGUCUUCCUGUAGCACCAAUGACAUUGAAUAAUAUUAUGGUCCUCACUCCGGAUUGGGAAGACGAUGAAGACGAUGAAGAAGAUCCCGCACCUUCUCCCCCUCGGACACAGAGAAUUAUCUAUUCCGAGAAGCCUUUAGAAUUUUUGGAUUCGUAUAUUGAGAGAUCUUUCGGAUACCAAAUUAUCCGACGUCCUCGAGUAAGCAUGCGAGGUGGCGCUGGGUCUAUUGAGGAAUUAGACCUUGCAGAUAGUAGUGAUGGUGAAUGGGGCUCGCUCGUCAAUAUGCGUGGGGGUGCGGAUCUUCAUGAGCGCGCCCCUCUACUAAGAGGGUUUUAUCUUAACCUUCUGGGCCCAAGUCCUAAGCAUAAGUCUCGGCGUACACAUCUGGUCCAAAGAGAAUUCCUCAUUUCAGCUCAUAGGCUUCUUGGGAUCCCGAAUGAAAUGGAUUUGCACUUCAAUGUUGAUAUCUAUCGCCAGGUAGAUCCACGUAAGAUUGAUAAACCACUACAAAUCUCAUUUUCAAUAGCUUCACAUGAAGAUUUCGAAAAGAAGUGGCCAAGUAUUGAGGAGGUCAUCGGCAAAGUUGAUCACGACCAACUCAGUAUCAUAAUUGAAGAGCGCUUUCCUGAUGAAGACGUUCCUAUGUUCUAUGAGGAUUUACGUCGUUUGGCAAAAGAAUUCCCCGAUGAUGCUCAAAAAACAUCUCAGCAUCCCAUCUAUUCGUAUUUUGGGAAGAAACUUACCAGACCAACAUACCUCGCUUUCAAAGACACCGUCACGAAACUUUUGAAUAUAGAUCCGAGAUCAGAUUGGUCUUUCUUGGUUGAUGUUCAUACUGAAGAUCGCAUAUUGCCACCCUUACAUUUUACCAGAACACAAUACAGGAACGAUUUCCUUUCCCUCAGGGAUAAAUUUCUUAUCGGUGCUAGUAAUAAAAUAAGCGUCUUCGUGCGCAAUGUUAGUGGUUACGCACCCUCACAACACCAAGUCGUCGAACCACCUCAAAAUAGUCAAAUAGUCAGGUUAUACAGCCAACAAGAAAAUGCGGAAAGUUACUGGAAAAUACCCUUGGUCCUCAACCCUGCAAUACCAUACUGUCUAAAUAACUUACAGCCCUCAUUUGUCAGAGCUUUCCUUGCCAUUUACGGCCAGGAUCGUCCUUCACGCAAUCCACGACUUUCCGCCACACAAGAAGGGGUUCGCGAACAUGCUCUUAAUUUUGGCGGUAUGGAGGUAACCCCUCAAACUUGGGAGUGGGUUGUUGAACGAGUUAGACAACAGAAAAAUCUUCCAAAACCUGUCGCAGAACCUGAUGCUGAUUCUGAUGCUGAAUCUGAGGUUGAUUUGUCAUGUCAACUCACUAUAACAAUUCCACCUCAUUCAGACAUGAGGAAAAAGCCCGAGGAUACAAUUUACCUCCAUCUCAUUGGCGAUGACUACCAGAGGGAUAUUGCAUUUGAACGCAAUGAAUAUCAACAUAUUUACAGCUUUAUUGUAGAACGACUGAGAAAGGUUCAUCGUCAUAGCCAGAAUUCAAAAUACCCGAACGGUAGUCUUGUCGCAAUGUGGUUCAGUGCUAUAGAACGUGAAGAGAACCUGCCGCCUGUCAUUAUAGAAAUUGAUGACGAGUUACCAGACGCUGAGAAGGGCAAUAUGAUUAGAACAGCUUUCCUCGGUCGCGUACAAACUUUCUCGAAUAUUUGGUUCCGUCCGGAGUAUCAAGUUUUCACUCUUCAUGAUAAUGUCGAAGGCGAACGUAUCUGGCAGUGGGAUACAACAGACGAACAACACAAUACCUCCCUAGAGAACUUCAGGGCAAACAUGAGAGAAAUGUAUGAUGAUUGGGAUCAUGCUCUUGACUCGAAUUUUGUUUUACUCCAAACAAAGACAAAUCGUUCAUUCGCAGUGGAUCGAAGAACUACAGAGAGUUACUGGAGGAAAUACAUCUUUGAUUGGCUCACAGAAACCGAUAUAUUCAUUGAGCGAAGAGAAACUAGACCUUUCAUGCAACCUGAUACAGUUCCUUGGGGCUAUAGACAUACUCGUCAAAUCCCACCUCCUCCUCCGGUGGAACUUAACCCAGUUCCUGUGGCGCCUGUUGUUGAAGCAUCACAGCAGCCUCGUAUCAACAAGACACGACUCAUUGCACCCGUUGCCGAAAAGGCCAUCACUCCAAAAUGGGAGACUUGGAUGACAGAUCAACAUCGUAAGGAUGCAUUACAGCGUCGUUCAUAUAUCCAAGACCAAUCAGUCAUUGAGCCGGGUCUUGAUCCCUCAGCACCAACAUAUGGGCCUAGUAAAGAAUUGACAUUAGGAGUUUCUCUUUCAACUCCUGCAGUUUAUACACAACGACUGACCCCUACUGAUAUUUUAAACUUGGUAGAAGAAAAUCAGAAGUUAAGGAAUGGCUUGUUGGAGCGAUCUCACAACUGUCUCAUCUGCUCUGUGACCAUGGCGGGCUAUGAGCAUGCUGAAAUACAACGACAUUAUGGACAGCAUCUAGUCCAACUCCAAAAAGAGGGUCAAUGUCCUCUUUGUGAGCGAGAAUCGUGGUCGAUCAUGACCAUGGAGCAAAAGAAAGAGCAUCUUGAAACUCAUCAAGUGGAAACAGACACCGAAAUGAUUCGCAAUUUCUGGAAUGGCAUUGAAUGUCCUGUUUGCGAUGCCAAAAUGAGUGGUUUUACGGCCGAACAAGUUCUUCGUCACAUGGCAGACCAUAUACCAGGAAUCGUCGAAUUCUGUGACAAAUGCGGACUUCGCACCGCUAUCUGCAAUCAUGCUGAACUAGUUCAUCACAGAUACGUAUGCCUUGAUCAACCAGAUCAUGGACCACUUGAUCUAAAACCUUCAUUCUGCGGCGAUUGUGGUCAGAACCGUACCACGGAGGACGAAGAAGAACGGGGUCAGCAUGUCAUAAAUUGUACCGCUAAGAAUCGACGUGUUCAAGAUAAGAAGUUCUGUACCAAAUGUGGCAUUGAUAAGAGUGCAUGGAGCAACAAUGAAAUCACCACGCAUGAUGAGCAUUGCACAUCUCCACAAGGUUUGCCAAAAGCUUUUUGCUUGAGAUGUGGUACAAAGUUGCUUGGUGUCACUGAAGUUCAAUUGGAUGAUCAUAGAGUAUAUUGUUCUAUUAGAACAAAAGAACCUGAGAAUUUGAGACAGCGAGUUGAAGAGCUUCAGGCACGAACUGCAACACUCAAUCGCAUUGCGGCCAAGAACGCAGCCACACUCUCCUGGAUUACCCAACGGGAGAACGAGCUCGUAGAAAGCGAAAGAGCUUUAGCCGAACGAGAGUCGAAACGCCCUAUGGGUGAAAGACGAGCAUACGCUGAAGAUAGGAAUAGCCUUGGACCAUGUCCUUGGUCUCGCAAAGGUUGCGAAUAUCACACGAUCAACCAGACGCGAAGGCAAAUCUUUGAACACAUGGCCACACAUUUAGUUACCGAUCAAAACAAAAGUCUCCCAUUUACUUGUCCAUUCCCUGGCUGUAGCAAGCAAAUUGCUGUACCCGGCUCAGAUUCCGAUGACAAUCUUCUCGUGGUAGACCAUUAUCGUCACCGCAAUUAUCAAGGUAUCGCGGAUGUACAUGGUGUGUCUAAGGGCAGGGAUCCGAAGGAACUCAAAAAAUUGGUAGAUCAUUUCCAAAAGGCCAAUGCAAUGAAUUCCCGUACCCGCUUGCGAAAUACUACACCACUUCCUGGGCCAGGCCAGGGACAAGGGACGGGUGGAGCAGGAGCGGGUGGAUUUGGUGGCGGAUUAGGAGGUGGAGGGGGAUUCCAGCACUCCAACUCCAACCGCCUUGAAACAGGUUACGCGAAUCACCCCUCAUACCUACCUUCCGACGACAACUUACAGCAAAGUAUCGAAGCCGAUCAUGUACAAUACGGAGACGAUGAAAAUCUUUUCCAAGCUGGCGAUUACGAGCCUCCAACUGAAGCCGAAACCGACCCCGGAGUCGAAAUCGAAAUUUCGCAGCCAACACCUACCAGACGACACCGGUCCUUUGCAGCUCCGCUAGACUCAUACGAUAAACCAUACUCCACAUACACUCUCAAAUCAAUCAGGCAACCCCCUCCCCUUCCAUACUCCCCCACCAAACGUAAAUCGUCCGCCGCAAUCCCCGAAGAGGACUUAUACCCACCCUCUAACCGUACCACGCGUCGACGCACGGCGAUCCAGACUCCAAGUCCAGAGAUCGAAGCCGAACCCGUGCGAAGAUCGAGUCGACAGGAUCGCCGACGAAAAUCAAUGCAUGGUAUAGAUCUAGAUCAAGAUGAAGACGAGGGAGAAACAAGAGAGGUAAAGCCUCAGGAUUGGAAAAAUCUAAUGAAUACGUAUGAAACCGAGACGUCGCGGAUAAAGCAGUAUGAGUCGAGUGGUACUGAGAGCUCAGGGCAGGCACAGGUACACCAGGAGGGCGAAAAUGAGAGUUCGGAGCAAGUUACUUCGACGUCUAAUUCGAACCGGAGUCCGAGUCCGGUUCGUAGGGUGACGAGGUAUAGAACCAGGUCAGGAGGAUAA